CCUCUGUUUCCUCACGCCCCUUUGACGUCUGUGAGGGACUCGCUCCCUCGCCGCCGCCGCCGGGAAAAGCAGCUCCCCUUGGCUGUCUGGGCCUGGACAGACUGGGGACCGGCGGGCGGCAGCGAGGGCAGAGGUGCCGUGAAGGCCCGGGCGCGAGGGAGGCAGAGGUCCCGGCUUCUCCGGCCCUUCCGCUCUCCUCCCUCCUCUCUGUUCUCUCCUGUUCGCUCUCUUCCCUCCCGGCCCUGAAAGGCGCCAGCUUUGGCCUCUUUUCCCUUAAUGGCAAAGCCAUGAACUAGCAGCCGAUGCCACACUUCCUUCCCUGCCAGCGCCCUCCCCCACCCGACCCCGCUUCUCCUCAGACCCGGAGGGAGGCCGCGGUCCGAGGGGCGGCUGCCUGGACAGGGCCCACCCAGGUCUCGAGAGCCGCGCUGAGAGCCGGGAGCUGAGCCCCGGCCUCCACCCUGCCCCGGACCCCAGGCCGGGCGCGCCCCGAGGGGCGAGGCCUGCAGACCGCACUCCCGGAGACCCUGGCCAGAACCCGCCCGCUGGGGGCUCGACUCUGGAAGUCCCUCCCCGUACCCUGAAACGGGCCUGGGAGGGAGACAGGGCUAGAGCAGAGUGUCGCCUCUCUGAGGGAUGGAGGGGAUGGAGGAGGAGGCGGCGGCGGCGGCCAAAUCUGCCGGCGGCAGCCCUCAAGGAUCCAAGAUAGCAAGCAGAACAGCCAGCCCCAUGGAAGUGACAGCUAUAGAGAGCAGUAGCCCCGAGCAGCAGCUGGAUAAUGGACAUCUCCCAAGGCCUUGGCUCUGCCCUCCGGAAGACAGAACACCCAGCCCGAUGACCCCUCAUCCUCCCAGAGCAUGGAGGGUGCAGCUCCAAGGCCCCUCCGUGCUGGAGUUCAAAGUAAGAGCCUUGAGGGAGAAGAUGACAGCGGGCAAGCAGGGGGUGAACCCUGGCCCCACCUCUCAUGAGCGGGCAUCCUUCAAGAAACUCAAAUGCAGACGGGUCAAGGGCAGUGGAGAGGGGUCUUCCCUGCCAGAUGCAUUGGUGGUCUCCCAUGAUCAGACCCUGACAGAUGGGCAGCUGGAUGGCAGUGUCAAUGACAAGGAACCUGCCAGGAAUGGGUACCCCAGACCCCCCAGGCUGCCUGUCCCUGGGCUAGAGUGCUGGAGCAGGAGGAGCCUGUGGCCUCCAGAAGCAGUAUGGAUGCUACCUGACCAUGAGAGAGGGCAGGUGCCAGGGCCCAACUCUUCGCAAGACAGCCCUGUCCACAGAGCUGCUCCAAGCCGGCCUGAGGGCCCUGGGCCUUGUAACAAAACCACCCACACACUCAACCUGAGGAAGGGAAGGUCAUAUCCCCUUCGAGAUGGUCUGGCCGCAGGAGGAGACCUGGACAGCACAUCCCUGACCUCUGAGGAGGACUUUGUCCCCAGGACACCCCUGCUGGGGGGGCUCUGGAGAGCUGGAGACCUGGCGGCACUGGGCACCGGGGGCAGUGCCUUGUCCCUAUCUGACCGGGUGGAGAGGAACCGCCUUCUGCUGCAGGAGAUGCUGAGUGUAUCGGGGCAGGGCCCCCCCAAGGUGGGGAUCCUGGCCUGGACUCCAUCCUGGGAUCAAGCUGCACCAGAACGACCAGCAGGGGACGUGGACUGGGAUUCAGGCAUCUCCCCGCAGGACUCGGAUCAGAACAGAACCUCUGGUCCCAAGCCGGAGACUGGGCUGAGCCCCAGAUGUGAGGAAGCCAAGCACCUGCUGCAGCAUGCCCGCAUGAAAGCCAGGACCCGGCCCCUCCGGGCCAGCCACGACAUCGUGCCCACCAUUGCCUCAGGCAGCCGAGACCACCGGAGAAGCCCAGCCUUGGACCCGAGGGUGACCUUUCCCUCCCGAGACAGCCCCCAGAACGGGAACCUGAGUGACUCCUCCAGCGGGGAGUCUAGCAGUGGGCUGUGGCCGAAGCAGAGUGCCUCCCCAUCGUCCCACGUUCGCUUUGAGGAUGAGUCUGCCGGCGACGUCGAAUCCCGGUACCUGGAACGACAGCAGCAGCGCCAGCGCCAGGUGCUGAACUCGGUGUUGCAGGCAGUGGACCAGGGCCCUCUGCGCUCCAAGCCAGACCUCACCAACUACGUCAACGGGGGCGAAAGGCGCAGGGACGCUGGGGAAGGGGCACUCCAUAGGCUUGCAGGCGGGCUGCACCGCUGGGGCUUGCCGCCGCCGCCCCUGCCUCCUCCGAACAGCGAGAGGAAAUGCCGAGCCUGUGGCAACUGUAUCGAACAGCAACGCCCUAUGGAGGGGAGGGCGCCCCCAAACCCAAGGAUCCUCCAGGAAAUUGAAGCUGCCUGUGGGGUGGAAGGGGUGCUGGCCGAGUCCCAUAGCUCUAGGGGCCUGAGCUCCCCAGUCAGGUUCCUCUUUGCUGAGCCGGGGCUCCACGCGGAAUGGAUCCGGGAAACGCACAUCGGAGACACUGUGCGCCCGGAGGAGGUGGACUCAGCCCUGGACAGCACUGACACCUCCCACAGCUGCAGGACCGUCGGUGAAGAGCUUGGGAUCUCUCAGCCCAGCAGGACGCGAGGCCGAACGCGGGCCUCCAGGCCUAGAGAGGGCCACAGGUUGUCCAGGAAGAUGGAACUGCCCAGGGGCCCUGAGGCCCAGCGUCGCCUGCCUGAUGUUGACCAUGUGGAGGUUGGAGAUGAGGGGAAAGAAGGCAGAGGACACACGCCGGCAGGAACUCUGUGUUCCAGAGAAGAUGCUGUCCCUAAGCCUCCUGCCCUGGAAUCGAAGAGGGCUUCCCUAGGGCCCCAGUGGCAACAUGGACCUGGGCUGGGAAAUCCCGGGGCUCACCUGGCAGACUCCCCACCUCCAUGCAGGACAGCCUAUGCCACCACCUCAUCCAUGAAUUUUCAGCUGUCAGGGCCAGGCAGACAAGCCCAGGUUAUAGAAAGCCAUGAGUCUCUGGAAACUGCCUCCAGUUUCUCUCUGGAACAGAGCCAUGCAGAGCCCUCUGCCCCCCACCAAGCGCAGCAGCCAGUGGCUUCCCUCUCCUCAGAAGGUCGGGUGCCAACCCCUCCCUCUUCAAGAAAAACAGCCUCCUCACCUAUGCCUCACAGGAAGGCAGCCCUGGCUGGGUCUCGCAGGGCGGGUGACCACGGAGACCCAGGGGACACUUCCCUGCCUUCUUCAAGAAGUGUGGUUCCCAGGACCUGUGAGCGCAUGCCCCCACAGAUCCAGUCCCGCAGCCCCCAAGUAAGGCGCCCACUGCUGGCACUGUCCACCAACAACUGCAACAACGGCGAGCCUCCGGGGCUGCAGGAGCCCUGGGGAGAAGCCACUCCUGAGGGCAGGGUGGAGAGGGGCCCCUGCAGCCAGGAGGCAGAGCCACCGCCGGAGAACAGUAGAGAAGGAGGACUUCAGGGCUUUCCUGGCCCAGCAGCCAUUGGCACCAUCAGCUCCACAGGUACCACCCUCUCCCUGGCCUUGGAGGAGCCAGACGAAGGCCCGCAGAGGACAGAGCCAAGGUCUGGAGGGCGUGUGCCGUCAGGAGCAUCACCAGGGGUCAGUGCAGGACUCAGCCCGCCCUCAGCUGCCCCUCCUGAAAGGAACAAGAAAAGCGGCAGCAGCAUCGCCUCCACCCUGGGGCUGAAGAAGUUCUUUGCAGCCCUGGGCCAGAGUACCCGGCCCAAGCUGGGGAAGUCCCGUAGCUACAGUGUGGAGCAGCUGCAGUCCCCUGCACCCAACCCGGCGUCACACACCAGCAGCCCCAAAGUGAAGAGAAUCCCAUCAUUACAAUCCUUGCAUUUGGUGUCACCCUCUCACCAACAUCGGAAAGCUGCCUCCUUUCAGAAUCUCUACUCACUGCUAAGCAACAAGGUGGACCGUUCCAGCCUCUACUUGGUAGGGGAGCCAGAGGACCACAGUGCAACUGGCAGGCUGGCCAAGGCCCCACCCCGGCGUGCCCUCAGUGUGGAAGACGUGGGCGCCCCCAGCCUGGCCCGGGCAGUGGGCCACGUGGUGGAGGUGUACCCAGACGGCACGAGCCAGCUGAAGCUACAGCGCUCCCCGGAGGGCACUUUUGGCUUCUGCGUGGCCUCUGGAAAUGGGCGCCGGGACUCAGGGAUCUACGUGCAGGAGAUGGCUGAUGCGAGCACGGCCAAGCUGUACUCGGGGCUGCUGGGGGUGGGCGAUGAGCUCCUGGAGGUGAACGGGGCCAAGGUGGCAGGGCUGGGCUUGGCCCACAUUAAGGAGCUCCUGGCCCACGCAGAGAGCUUAUCGGUCCGUGUGCUGAGGCAGAGGCCUGUCCCACGGUGAUCAGAGGGGCUGUUGCUCUCACUGUCACCACGCAGAAGCCCUGAACUCCCCCAAUGGGGAAGGCUGGGAAUGUGCUGCACAGAGCUGCUUUGUUGAUGGAAAACACAGAUCACGGUGGCAUCUAGCCCCUUGGGCUAUGGCAGGCUUCCGUGAUGGACACUCUAGGGAGAGGCAGGGAGCCUGUUUGUGUAUUUUGUUUAAGGCUAUUAAUCUAUGCAAAACUGGGGAAAGAAAAUAUGGGCCCCUUUCUGUGUCAGUGGUCGUGUCAGUAUCUUUGCUUUGUUGGCAGGAGGAGAGAUUCAGUGAAUCCUUUGGUGGGUCUCAGAGAGCUGGCCUCGCUUCCUGGGUGCCAUCCCGCUCUGUCAGAGGCUCUGCCAGCCCCCAGCAUUCCAGAACCAAAGAAAGUGCUUGGCCACAUUUCUCCCUACUACCAUUUUUUGCUCUUUAUCUAGAACUGGGCAGUGUCCUGCACGGCCUUGCAGCAUUGACCAUACAUUCCAAAACCAAAAAUUGGGGCGUAUGUUGUGACAGAGUUGUACACGGCUCCUGGGUAUAAGGACAUCUGAGAGAUGUUACUCAGUAGCCAGAAUAUUUAAGAAUUUUGGGGAAAUUUUGAUUAUAAGUUCGGAGGGAAAAAAAUGAAACUGGCUAAUUUCAGGGAAAGGCAUCUGUGGCAGCCACACUCCAGCCAGAGGGAUGGCCAGCCCAGCCCCAUGCCACCCUCUGCUUCUGCCCAGGUGGAGAGUCUUUGAGUUCUGUUGAGCUUGGAGACAGAGCUGCAGCUGGUGCCAGGCUGCCCCGGUCACAUGCUCUGCCAGACCUCCCUGUUGGCAGCUGUGGGUGGGCAGACAGGCAGGCAGGCAGCGGUGAGGCCCAGUGAGCAGAAAGCACGGGCUCUUACUCUGGGCUUCGACACUGACCAGAAAAUUGGAACAUGGAGUGGAUGACCAUGUGUCAGUUUUAAAUUAUUAAACAGCCAAGCUGAAGCUUCUCCCACUGAGUUGCAAAAUCUGGGCCACUCACUCACUUCACCUCCACUAGCCAUGAGCAGGGGCUGGGAUGGGGUGGAAGUGGGGCACAGGCACUAUCAGCGGGCUGUGCUGGGUGUGAUGGAGGGGAAGGCCAGGGAGGCCCUCAGGGUUAGGUUUAUAGCCAGUAUAGAUGCAGAAGCCUCCGGAGAUACUUGUUUGCCUGGAAGAGGCGCCCUUGGUGAGGUGUGCUUCUGAGCAGGAGAGAAGGGUGCACCAGAGGGUGGGGUGGUGGAGCAGGCAGCCCCAGGGCUGUUUUAGAACUUGGCGGGGUGCAGGCUGUGGUAAAGCACAAGCAUUCAGCCCAGUCAGUUAAAAUGAAUGUCAUGGGCAGCUUUCAACAGGCAAGGCAGUUACUGAAGGACAUGUCUGGCCUGAGGAAAAGGCGAUGGCAUGUGUCGGGGAGAGGCAAUGCUGCAGAGAGAGUGUGUGUGUGUGUGUGUGUGUGUGUGUGUGUGUGUGUGUUGGGGGGGUGAGUGCUCUCUGGUUCCAGAGAGCCAGUUAAAAUCUUUAUUCCCAUUACUGCUCUAGAAGCUGGGGGAUGAGAGAGGGGUGCCUAGAGCCCCACAGCACAGCAGGAUGGGGAGGCUGGGGUUGGCCUGGGGUAGGGGGGUGAAGGAGGAAUGGGGGUGGCUCUAGGAGGUGAACAGAGGGGCCAGUGGAACAAGUGCUUGGGGCUUCAGGCUCUAAAGAGGACACUGGGCCCCCCAAAGUGUAGACAUGGCCCCACAGCAGGAAACUAGAAGUGGGAGGAAACCCAAGCAGCUCCUGUACAUCAAUUGCUGACCUUAAGGUCAUGGAUCUCUAGAGAAAUUUCAUGUUGAAAACGCUUCAGGGGGUGAAGGACACCUGUUUUCUCUGUAUGGAAAACACACCUUGAUUCACAGCCCCAGCUGGGAGGAAAUGAAAGUGCGGUGCUAGGGCUGGGAGGGGGCAGGGAAAGGUCUCUAAGGAGUGUUAAGCACUUGCAUCUAUUACCUGCCAGGUGCUGGGCCAGGCUCUUGACACCUCUCAUUUAGUCCUUAAAAUAGUUCUAUGAGAUAGAUCCGGAAACCCUGGUGGCCUAGUGGUUAAGAGUUAUGGCUGCUAACCAAAAGGUCCACAGUUUGAAUCUACCAGGUGCUCCUUGUAAACCCCUGUGGGGCAGUUCUACUUUGUCCUGUAGGUUCACUAUGAGUCGGAAUUGACUCUACGGCAAUGCGGUUUUUUUUGUUGUUGUUUUAAAUGAGGUAGGUUCUGCUUAUUGACUUCAUUUUCAUAGAUGAAGUUCCAGGACAAUGACAGCAUGUUCAAACCCGGCCCCUCUGACUUCUGACUCAGGGGGCCCACUCUUCCCACUGCAGCCUCUCCCUCCCUCCCCCCAGGGCAGUGGAGGCUCCCCCAGCCUCUGGACUGUAGGAUAGACCAACCUGGCUCUAAUUCCAACGGGGCAGAAGGCACCCUUUCCAUGCAUUCCAGCUCCUCUCUGGGAUAAAGUAAAACGGGGUCCCUGAGGUGUGCGGGAGGGAGCUCUGUUUCCUCCAGUCUUCUGUUUGACCCCACCCCCACCUACAUCUGCUGAUCUAGAAGCUUGCCCACUCUGCAUCACACACGGGACCAUCACAGCCUUCCUACUUAAAAAAAGAUCUAGUUUACUAACUCUAACCAGACCCUGUGCCCCGAGACGGCCGCGGCUGCAACCAGGAUGUGACUGCAUGCAGCGGCCUUCCCGCCCCGGUUCCGCCCCGCGUCCUCCGGAGAGCAGCUUUUCUCCCGCGCUCAAGCCGCCUGCAAGUCAGGACGGCAGGGCAUGGGGUGGCCGAGUGUGCACCCUCCAGCUCCCCACCCGCUGCGCCUUCCCUGCCAGGGGGCCGCCAGGAGGCAGGGGGCGCCUUUUCCCGCCUCGGGGACGUCGCGGCCUUCACGCCAAGGCCACUUCGUGGCGAGAGGCCGGGGGUGGGGAAGGGGGGAGAGCAGUGGGGGGCGUUGGCUGGAGCCUGAGGUUUCACAGAGGGUGGGCUUUAGACACUCACCGAGCAACCCAAACGCGAACAUAGGCUUCUGUGCCAGAGCCCAGAUGAAGACGACCCUGACUCUGCUUUCCAGGAACGCAAGGUUAGGCAGACGAGGGGGAGACUGACAGACUCGGUAACGGCUCGGUGACGGCGGUUUGCUCAAAGGCGAUGGUGGAGGCGCUGGAAGAGCGAGGCUGGAGCCUCCCGGAGGCUAAGCUGGAGUUGGCAGGAGGGAUGGGAGGAGAAAACGAGGCAAUCCCGGGCCAGCACUGGUCCCAGGCACCGCUAGAAUUUUGGAAAUCAAGGUUAUUCUGGGAAAUUGGGGGUACAGUAGCUGUGCCCUCCUUCCUGUUCUGCCUGCUCCACAAAUAAUCCAAAAUUGUGUUAGGCACACUAAGGACACAGUCUUGAAUCGUUGCAGCAACUCUGUGAGGGAGGGAUUACUAUUUCCCCGUUACAAACGAGGAAUCCCAGGCUCAGGUUAAACCGCUUAUCCAGGGUCACAACAGCAAAUAAUUAAUAGAGGCAGGAUUUGAACCUAGCCCUCUGCAACUCCAGCUGGGCCUCCUUCCACCAUCCUGGGGCCCAUCUGUAGAUCUCCUCAUUCAGAGGCCCUCCAGCACUCCCCUCCCUGCCCCACAUGGACUGUGGGUCAGAGCAGCAGCCCAGCACAGAGGGUACUUACUGCCUGGGUGACUUGGACCUGUUGGGAGGCCAGGCUGUGCCUGCCCACCUCUAACUUCCAUGAGGGCUGGAGUUGGGGGGGAAAGAGGGCCUUAAGUUCCAUUUUCCAUGGGGUUGGAGCUCCCCACCUUCCCACUGGGUGGGGGAGAAGGGCAGGCAGACCAUGCCUUUCCAGAGAAGCGUUUGCAAAUUGCAGUUACAACACAGUCAUAAAAUCAGUUUUAGGAGUCAAGACCAGUACUGAUAUACACAUACACACACACACAUACCAAAACCCAUUCUGUGGAGUGGAUUCUGACACAUAGUGACCCCAAGUGUUACUGAGUAGAGCUGCUCCACAGGGUUUUCAUGACUAUAAUCAUUAUGGAAGCAGAUCUCCAGGCCUCUCUUCCACAGAGUGGAUGAGUGAGUUUGAACCAACAACCUUUUGGUUAGUAGUCCAGUACAUAAACCCCUUGCCGUUGAGUUGAUUCUGACUCAUAGUGACCCUAUAGGACAAAGUAAAACUGCCCCAUAGGGUUUCCAAGGAGUUCCUGGUGGAUUCGAACUGCCGACCUUUUGGACAGCAGCUGUAGCUCUUAACCACUAUACCACCAGGGUUUCCAUACAAAGCAAGGGUAGGUUUUGUUCGGGAAAUGUUUAUUUCAGGUGUGUGUGUGAGUGUCUCCUGAGUUAUAAAGUCUUCCUACUGCCCUGGCUCUGGAGGAAGGCAGAAGAAAAUGCCUUCUGGGCCAAGGCUGGAGAGGCUGCUUCAGGCUCCCCCGUGGUGCCUGCGCUCCACCUGGCUCCACCAGGCUGACCUCCUCAGUCUUGGUCUGGGGCUCUCCAGUGUGGACUGAAGAAACCUUCCCCAGCUUGGGGGUGGGGCCGAGGAGGGGACAGCAUGGAGCAAGCGCUGAAUAACAGCUGGUCUGGGUGUGUCUGACCUCUGAGGAGAAGAGGCAUCCUCGUGCCUGUGAUCUUAGGUCACCAAGAAAAGGCCCAUGACCCACCAACAGAGUGCAGUAACGUGACUGGAUUUCCCGGUUCUCCAAACUGGCCUCUGGGCGCUCCCUUCCCACAGGGCAGCAGGAUUCCUGCGCAGGUAUUUGUUGGCAGGAGCUGUGGUUGGUUCCCCAACCCUUCAUUCACCCACUCAUUCCUUUAUGCUUAUUUAUGUGCCUUUGCUGGAGUGCCCUUCCCCCAGGCCACCCUGACCCCCUGGUGGCUCUCACAAAUCUUAGAGGGAGCUGCUCUGGGAAGCAUGCCAGACUUAGGCCCUGCCCCUUUGCCCCCACAGAAUCUUGUACCACUGGCUCUUUAUUGUGGCUCUUUUCAUGUAGAAUUGCUUGCUUAUCCUCUACCAAACUUACUUGGCCACAAUGGAACUUCCCUAACCCUUCUGCCCAGGCUAUUUUCCACCACCAAUCUCUAGGCUGCUUCUGGAGCUUUUCAAAAGGCUCUAUGAAGUUUCCCUUGUUCCCAUAGAGCCAAAGCACCUGCUUAGAAAUGGCAACAGCCUUCCUUGGCAAGCAGAGCUGCCCAGCUUUCUCAGGCUGUGGGUUUAGCCAGGUCAGAGUGCUGGACUGGGAGGAAGGGCCACUGGGAUUGGCUCUGAGACUCUGCCCAUGGGAGCCAGGGCUUAACAGCUGUCCUGCCAGUCCUGGAGGGUAUCCAGGCUUUCCUGUGGUUGCUGGCCUGCCUGCCAGCCUGCCUUUGUCUUGUCCUUCUGUAAACCGGACUCACUCUCCUACUCAUACAAACUGCCGUCAGGGGUCUGGCCAGGUGCCGGGUGCUAGGUAAAAGCCCAGCCUGCCCUUGGGAUGCCCACAUCCCCAGGGUGGAGACAACUCUGAAAAAAAAUGACAAACCAGUGGGCCAAGGGCUAUGAGGGAAGCCUGGAGGAAAGAGGCCCCGCUCUGCCUGGUGAGAGAAAGGUUUUCCAGAAGAGCUAGCAGCCUUUUCUGAGUUUAUACACGAAGGGGCUUAACUCACUCACUCUUUGCACAUUUCCAUCCAGAUAAACAACAAAAGCUACAAAACAUUUUCUAUAAGGUGGGCCUGCCUGAGCUCCUUACAUCUACAACAGGCUUAUAAAGUUUAAAACAUGGUCAAGUCUAAGGCAAUUGGUAUCCAUGGUUUUAUCUUAUGCACUUCUAGGAGUUAUUCUACCACCAACUUGUAUAGCUUUUUUGAUCCUUCAGCCCCGCUCCUCAGCUUUACCAGUUCUCAGAUUGGAGAGAUGGCUUAGUGAAACAUCUGCCUGCCACCACUGACAUCAUUUACCUGUAAGGGAAACCUCAUAAUGGUCCAGUCUGACCUGGGUUCCAGUUCUAACUACCACUUUAAGAAAAAAACCAAACUCAUUGCUGUCAAGUUGAUUCCGACUCAGCAACCCUAUAGGAGAGAGUAGAACUGCCCCAUAGAGUUUCCAAGGAGCACCUGGUAGACUCGAACUGCCGACCUUUUCGUUAGCAGCAGUAGCACUUAACCACUACACCACCAGUGUUUCUAGCUGUUAUUGUCGGGUGCCGUCGAGUUGAUUCUGACUCACAGUGACCCUACAGGACAGAGCAGAACUGACUCAUCAGGUUUCCUAAGCUGUAAUCUUUAUGGGAGCAGAUCACCGGGUCUUUUCUCCCUCUGAGCAACUGAUGGAUUCGAAUUGCCAACCUUCUAGUUAACAGCAGAGUGCUAAAGCAUUUGGACACUGGGCCUCCUUUUACUAGCUGUAUCCUUGGGCAAAUUCCUUAAUUGCCCCAUGCCUCAGGUUUCAUGUGUAAAAUAGGCCUCAACAGCAUUUCUUUCAUUGAGUUGUGAGAACUAUGUGAAAACAAUGUUUGCUCCCCACUGUGUCCCUACUGCUUUGGUCAAAGACCUGCCCAGCAAUUCAGAAAUUCUCAUCAAAUAUUGGCUACAAGUAUUAGCUACAAGGUUGUGUAUCACUAUGAUGUGAUCAGUUCCACGAUGAGAUUUGAUAUAAUGUGAUCAUCUCCAUGAUGGGAUCUGCUGUGAGUAGCCAAUCAGUUGAAAGGAAGUUUCUUUGAGCAUGUGGCCUGCAUCGAGUUAAGUGGACAUUCUGGCUAGCCUUGGCUCGUGGGCUUUUGCUCUCUCUGGAUCCUGUAGCUGGCUCCUGCUCAUCUGACAUCCGGUUCUUGGGACUUGAGCUAGCAGCUUCCCUGCAGUGCUUGCCGAUCUUGGGAUUCCUCGAUCUUUGCAGCCUGUGAGCAACAGCUCUAUUCUCUGACCUGCUGAUCUUGGGUUCACCAGCCCCUGAGGCUACGAGUCAGGAGAAGCCUCUAUCCUGACCCACGGACUUGGGACUUCCAGCCUCUACAACUGUGUGAGCCAUUUUCUUGAAAUAAAUCUCUAUAUAUAUUUACAGGCUUUAUUGGUUUUGCUUCUCUAGAGAACCUAGCCUACAACAGCUACUAUUUAGAUGACAAAAUUUGGGAUGUUUGCUCCCAGAAGAGUUGCUGACCCCUUCCCAAAGACCAGCCAAUCUUAAUGUGAACUUUUGUGCAUAGAGAC